UUAGGUAACUGGAACAACAGUUCGCGACUGGCAGCGCACCGGUUUACGUUUUGGCGAUGUGUCGUUCCGAAGCCAGUUACGCGAGUGGUUUUGUGACACGUUUAACCGUUAAGGGAGUGAGUACAAAGAUAAUAUCACGGUAGUGGUGUGUAGAAACGAAUCAAUUUGAUGCUUGACAAAAUUUGUUGGCAACUUGUUUUUAUUUCGAAAGAACGUAACGGCAGUGUGCGUGUGAGUAUUGCUGAUAUUCAUAUCGCGUCUAGAAAAAGGUGAUCAUUGUAGUAAAGAGGAAAAUUGGAAGAAAAGUAACAAUUAUAAGCGAAAAAAAGAUAGGAGCAGCGAGAGGAAAUGGUGGGGUGAUAACAAACAUUGGAAAAAAGAAAAAAAAAUAAUACUAUACAUCAUACGUGUGACACGCACGACGUACGCGUACGCAUACAUAUAUAGAUACGCGCGCUUGCGGGCGCGCUUACAGAUACAGGCACGUAAUAACGUUACAUACACGCGCACUCAAACACACACACGCACACGCGCGCGCGCGUGCGCGCGUGUGUGUAUGUACUUUAUAGUAGAUGAAUACAUACAUGUAUUUAUACAUAAUAGAAAGAGAAGAAGAAGAGAAGGACGGUGCGAGGGAGGUUAAAGGAGAACGGUCAGGAAAGAACCGAGAGAACAAGAGAGAGAAAUAUAGAGAACAAGAAAGAAAGAAGAAAGCGAAACGCGUGGACGAAGGAAAAUAGGAAUCAAAAAAUAUGAUAGCGUUACAUUUAUUAUGCGGUGUUCGUGAGUAUUAAGCGAUCCGCGUGGGACUGAAAAUCGUAAAGCAAUAUAUAAUCGACGAACUUUUUCUUUUAUUUUUCAUCGAUUAAAAUAAAUUUAUCAUCGAUGUUCGAUUUAAUCCAAGUAGAUAUUAACGUGAUCGAUAGAAAAGUACAGUGUUCGAGAUUGAAUAUCGUUGAUUUCGACUUAUUAUUUACAUGGAAAAAUCGAAGACGAAAUAUGAUACGAGAUACAUGGUACGAUAUAAUUAAUCGCGAGAAAGAAAUAGAAUAGCGGUGUUUGAAAGAAAGCAAGGAGAAGCAGAAGUGAGAAAUAUGAAGAGAUGAUCCCAUAAAGAAAUCCCAGAGAAAUGUAUAGGGAAGAAAUUAUAAGAAAGAGAAGCGAAGAAAACGGAAAGGAAUAAAAUAAAGGGGAAAACGUGCACGAAAUAAUAACAUUAAGAGUUUUUAAGAAACGUGUAUAUGCGUGCGUGCGUGUGUAUAGUAUAUCAGUGGGCAAGAUGGAGGAAAGUCAGCUGUUGAUGACGGAACUUCCGGCAUUGACGCCGAGUCGCGGUACAACGUUGCUUCAUCGUUCAAGACAUUAUUAUCAGUUACACCAACCGCACCUGGCUGCGAUACCGACCUCGCAGAGUCAAGGGAUUCUUUAUAACUCGAGUAACGCGCCACAUUAUACUAGCGGUACGACCGGUCUACCGGCAUACGCGCAAGGUCUUUCAUCGAGGCAACAACCGCAAGUAAUUGCUCGCGGUACUGUCACACCGAGCACGCAUAUCUCCUGCCUGUAUCCUGAAAUAUUGGCGUUGAUCUUCAGCUACCUCGAGGUCAGAGAUAAGGGACGUGCCGCCCAAGUAUGCACGGCGUGGAGAGAUGCAGCGUAUUACCGAUCUGUUUGGCGAGGGGUUGAGGCCAGAUUACACCUAAGAAAACAGGCGCCAGCGUUAUUCGCUAGUCUGGUAAGAAGAGGAGUGAAAAGGGUGCAGGUACUGUCGUUGCGGAGAGGUCUCGGCGAUGUUUUGAAAGGCGUGCCAAACUUGGAGGCGUUGAAUCUCUCGGGUUGCUAUAAUAUUACCGACGCUGGCUUGAUCAAUGCUUUUUGCCAAGAAUAUACCACGCUUACCGAACUCAAUCUUUCGUUGUGCAAACAAGUGUCAGACAUUUCUCUCGGUAGGAUAGUGCAGUAUUUAAAAAAUCUCGAACAUUUAGAACUCGGUGGUUGCUGUAACAUUACCAACGGAGGGCUUCUCUGUAUAGCAUGGAAUUUGAAGAAAUUAAAAAGACUCGAUUUACGAAGUUGUUGGCAAGUAUCCGACUUGGGUAUUGCUCAUUUGGCUGGUGUAAAUCGCGAAGCAGCCGGAGGAAAUCUUGCAUUGGAACAUUUGAGCCUUCAGGAUUGUCAACGGCUGAGCGACGAAGCUCUCAGGCACGUGUCGAUCGGUUUAACCACUUUGAAAUCGAUUAAUCUCUCGUUUUGCGUAUGUAUUACCGAUUCAGGGCUGAAACAUCUAGCCAAGAUGUCUAGUUUGCGCGAAUUGAACCUUCGAUCCUGUGACAAUGUUUCCGAUAUCGGUAUGGCUUAUCUUGCGGAAGGCGGCAGUAGGAUUUCUUCACUGGAUGUGUCAUUUUGCGAUAAAAUCGGAGAUCAAGCGCUCGUUCACAUUUCCCAAGGAUUGUUUAAUUUGAAAUUACUGUCGCUAUCUGCUUGUCAAAUCAGCGACGAAGGUAUUUGCAAGAUCGCAAAGACGUUGCACGAUUUGGAAACGUUGAAUAUUGGUCAGUGCAGCCGAUUGACGGAUAAAGGACUCUACACCAUUGCUGAGAGUAUGAAACACUUGAAAUGUAUCGAUCUUUACGGAUGCACCAGGAUAAGUACCAAUGGCUUAGAGAGGAUUAUGAAAUUACCGCAAUUGAGUACGUUAAAUCUUGGUCUUUGGCACGUGCGGUGAUGGCUUUUUCUCAAUCGUACACAUUAUACGCGUCCCUACAUUCGUAUCGGUGACCAACAUGUUUCCUCGGUGCCUGCCAAACAUUGCCAGAUACCAUGCCGAUUUUCUAAUUCUUUCUCUUCUUCUUGUGAGUUUUUAUUCUUUCCUUAUUCUUUUCUCUCUUGUCCAUCGUUCUAUUCCCUACAUCUCUCCUUCCCUUUCCUUCCAUGCAUAAGUACAUAGAGACAAUCUAUAAAUAAUUCAACUUGAUCUCUUUCAUUUUCUUUUUCCUUUCCAGAUCACGUGACACGAUUACGCGUAACGCGUGCACGCUUUAUCUUUUCUUCCUUGUCAUCCUCACAAUCAUUUUAAACACAAAUUUUCCUUUUUCGAUUAUACGUCGUCAUAUAUAUAUACCGAUACUUAGUUUUCUAAUUCGGAUCAAUAUAUUCGAUAUACUUGUAUAUUCUCAUUUCAUCAUGUCAAAUAUUUUCUCAAGAUUUUUUCUCAAAUCUUCAACGCUUCGUUCAUCGCGUAUUUACCAAUACGUAUUUACAUAGACGUAUUAUUGGAAAUUAAUUUCGAAUGUAAUUUUCUCGACAUAAUCGUAUUUAUCUAUAGAAUUCGGGAUUCCAUUCGUUUCCUUUAUUAUAAUCGUUAAAAUUGAAUUUUAAUCGAAGUUUAAACUAGACUAUAGCUCUAACGCUUACGCUCUUUUCGUGUUUUUCAACUCGUACGUAAUGAAAAUUCGCAUAUAUCGUACUGUUUCUUUUUUCCCUUCCCUUUAUCGUAUCAAAACAACAGCCUAUUUUCUUCUUUAUAUGUACAUAUAUUGUAUACAUACAUACAUACAUACAUACAUACAUACAUAUAUAUAUAUAUAUAUAUAUGUAUGAAAAUCCGUUAAUCUUUGUCUCUUUAGCGAAUCAAGUAUCGAUAAUACUUGUAACCAAAGUGUUGUAUUUGAUUCUCCGUCUGCACAAUUAUUUUUCUUAAUAUUCUGUUUAUUUUUGAUCUCUCGCUCACAUUUAUAUAUAUGCAUUUUUAUGUGAAUAUAAUCACAUAAUCUGUCGUAUGUAUCUUUAUGUACACGCAUACACGGGUGCGCAUAAAAUACACGAAGCAAUUCAUCGAAUAUUUUUUAUUACCGGAUAUCUUGUCGUCACAAUUACGUAUUAUUUUUCAUUUUUUUUUUGUGCGUGUGCGAACACUGUUAACUUUCUUAUACGUAAAGAUUUUUAAAAUUUUUAAUUCAUUUUUCGUAAUAAUUUUUGUACAACUUUUGAUAACUUCCUCUACGCGUAUACAACACUUUCGUUGGUUUUGUACGCGCGUCUUUUACAAUGAGAUCAUUGAAUUUGUUGUUUCGUUGAAGAUAUUUUUGUUCCAUCAUCAGUUUAUCGUAAUUAUCUGACAUAUUAUACCAAAGAACAUGGAGAUUAGAAUGAAUAAUGCCUCAGUCCUCCGAUUCGUUCGUUUUCAACGUGAUUCGAUUAUUUCAAUAUGAUAUAAUACGUGUAGUAUGUAGGAUCGUUAUGUUUGUUCGAUUAGCGAAAAAUUAUUGCUUUCUUCUUUAUUAACGUAAUAUAUAUAUAUAUAUAUAUAUACAUACACAUAUAUAUAUAUAUGUAUAUAUACAAUAUUAUAAUGAGAAUGAUAUGGAAUGCGCGAUGUUCUAGGCACCGAAUUAUGAUACGAUACGAUCAUUUUGCCUGUAUAGAUCUUGUGUAAUAUAACAAAUAUGUUUCUAUUUUAUAUAUACGAUAUUGAGACAUAUAUCUGUUUCUCCGUGUAAAUAGAUAUGUACAAGUAAAGAAGGAAAGAGAAGGAAACGAGAAAAGGACGCGAGCGUGUGAAACGAUGACAAAGAUUAGUACAUUGUGUAUCAUAAUACUUGUGAUGUAGCAAAUUUUUUUCUGUGUUAUCGCAAAAAGGAAAAAAUAAAAAAAGCGAAUUACGUUGAUAAUCUGUAUACGAAUUAAAAAAGAAUUAAAAAUAAG